AUGCCAGCGAAACCUACGACUCAAAUCAUGGACUUAUUAGGCGGUUGCACUAGCAAAGAGGCGUGUCCCUGGUCACUAACAGUAUCUCGAACACGGAGCGAUUUGCCUAGCAUCAUGACACGCAUCAUCAUCACACUUUCCGCUGCGUCCGUCGAGAGCCGCUCAUCUGGAAAGCUUUUGAAGGGGGGGAGAGUACGUAUUGUGCAGGGUGAGGUGGAGUUGGACUGGAAGACCCUGGGAUACGAGGGAAGGCGGGAGAUAACAUAA